CUCGAAACCCCUUUGGCCACCUACUUAUGUGUUGUCGUGGGUCUUGCGUUGACCAUCAUGAGCAGCUCAUUCUGGGACGACAAGUCGGAAGAGACAUUCUACUAUUCGAGUUUCCCUCGGAUUCAGGGCCGCAUCCUGCGUGGGACGAUCAAGUAUCUUGAAGCUCUCGCAGACCAUGACAUUCUAGACGAACAAGUGUUGCGAGCUGCUGGAAUACCGGCUACUGCGACAGGCCAUGGGGAGAAAAUUCGACCAGCAAUAGAUGAAGCACUCCAUAUUCUUCGCAGCUGGGUCCGUGAACCCUCCGAGUCGGAAGGAUCGAUGUUUUCGCGUAUGUUUGGCGGCAAAGCCAGGCUGGGGGGCAAGUCUGUGGUAAUAGACAGCGAAUACCCCAUCUCAGAGAUGCUCAAUGCCCCCUUCUAUAUCGAAAAAGUCGCCGAAUUAGAGGGUUGUCCCGACAGUUUCGUGCAGCUGGGAUUGAUGGGUGUUUUCGUUGCUCUGGAAGUAAGCGAGGACAGACUGGGCGUGGACCACGAAGGGAGUAAGAUUAUUGUUGAUAUUUUGGACCGACUGGAGCCCUACACUGAUUGGGAGGGUUGUGGAGGUGGCGAUGUGGGCAGUGACGACUCGGAUGAAGAAGAGGGGGGGAACAAUCCCAAUCCACCACGAACGACAGCCCAACAACUCAGGGCGGUGUUUGCGGCUUGUGCUGCCAACCCCGAUAGCUCAAUAGUCGCUUAA